AUGCCAUGCACCCGCUCCCGACGACUUACCAAGGUAGCAAUGGCCUAUAUUCUUGAUGGCAAGACGAAUAAUUUUGGAUUCAGGGCUUGCAACGGGCCGUACUACGGUCUGUACAAAGUGAGCCGUAACGGUCACGUGAUCCGUACAAACGUAUUGAGUUCGUGGGCUGUACUUUACAUUUAA